UGGGAUGUCUGUCAGGACCCCCCGCGAGUGAUGGUCCUCCGCAGGUCACAACCCCAGCAGCCCCGACUGCUCCUCCGCAGGUCACAACCCCAGCAGCCCCGACUGCUCCUCCUGCAGAGGCAGACUGUGCUGCAUAUAAAGCCGCCGGACACACGACCAGUGGAGUCUACACACUUGGCUCACCCCUGUCCGGUGUAGAGGUCUACUGUGACAUGGAUACAGCAGGAGGAGGAUGGACCGUAAUCCAGCGACGACAGGACGGGUCGGUUACCUUUGACCGGACCUGGGAGGAGUACAAGCACGGGUUUGGGAACAAGAACGGGGAAUACUGGCUUGGGAACGAUAACAUCCACCGCCUGACUACUCAGAAGAACUAUCAUUUGCGGAUUGUCAUGCUGGGCUGGGAUUCAGAAUGGCGCUACGCUGAAUACGACACAUUUAGGGUGGCCAGUGAGUCAUACGGGUACUUCCUGACCAUUUCCGGAUAUUCAGGCACCGCGGGAGACUCCAUGGCUGGCGAUAACCCGACCAACAACGGGAUGGUGUUCUCCACUGUGGACAGGGACAACGAUGUCUGGCCCCGCGGCUCCUGUUCUCAGGACUACGGACAGGGCGGCUGGUGGUUCAGGGACUGCAGCCUCUCCUUCCUCAACGGCCGCUACCUGGGCAACUGUGGGAACUCCUGUAAUCCAGGGCAGGGUGUGAUGUGGUACAAAUGGAGAGGUGACACUUACUCCCUGAAGUCUGUGUCAAUGGCGAUCAGGCCACGAUAAUUGCAUUUGCUCUACUAAAUCUGAUCACACCCAGUUAUCCACAAAAUCAUCAAUCCUACAUGUCUGUAACGCUGACAAGUAACGCUCUCUAUUGUAGCGGCUUUGUCAGUUAGAAACGUACACCAGAAUGAGUCAAUU